CCCACUCUGUCCAAGCUCUCAUCUUUUCUUCUGUUCUCUAUUUUGUUCGUACUUUCUUUCGUAGUCGUCUUUUCUGAAUCGUCUUCUUAAUUUCUACGUGUUGUCUUACUGGCGUUUUCUAGUCAUAUAGAAAGUACUCCGUUUCAAUCGAUCAGAAAACCGUCUACCCUAGCAGAGAGGAAGCAAACACUGAUCUUUCAGACGAGUGCAUAAUGCAGUGCAAAGUGGAAGAGUGUUGGACGGCUUUGGGGCAUCUACUCGCUUACAUGGAUGCUAGGUGGAGUAAAGAUACUUUGAAAGUUGUGCUUAGCAGGUUGACUGGAGGAUUGAAUGCAGAGGCAAGACAUCUUGUGUAUAGUGACUUAUAUUAUCUAGAUAAUAGGAGGUAUAAUAGCAUAGUUGGUGGAGUUGGAAAUGGGGUGGCACAACGUUUAAUUACGGCUGAGUAUACUGCUGAGGUUGAGAAGAUGAAGACUUGCAGGAAGAAAUUGUUGAAGCACCGAUUGAUAUCAGUGAAAACCAUGGGACAGAUGAACACUAUAGUGAAGCUGAAGAGAGAUUAUGAUUGGGAGAUAGCAGUGAUCAUUGACGUUGAAAAUAACAAUGAAGCAACAGAUUCAAUCCGUCAACUAGCGAACAACGCUGAGAUUCCAAUCAAGGAAGAGGAUCACAUCAUGGAUGAUUAUAUACCUGAGCUGCCACAACAGGUUUUUGAAAAUCCUGUUAUCACACAAGUUCAAGAACCGGCACUGCCAUGGCUGGAAUGGAUGAAAGAUAGGGCAAAUGCAGCUGAACAACUGUCUACCCAGGGUUACAAUACAGAAGCUGUGGAAGAAGAUGAAGAUAUAGAUUGGCAAGUUGAUCCCUGAUUGGGCGAGCUAUAAAACAAGGAAACAAGUUCAUCCCUGAUUUGGGCAAGUUCAUCCCGAAUUACUUUGUUUGUGCACUUUCUUCAUGGAACUAGCACAAUUCUAUUAUAGUUAUAGUUCAGUUUUGUGAUAGUGAGUUGUAUUGUGCGCCUUGGCAUGGAAUAGUUUUCACUUUGAUCUUGUAAUACGACGUUGCAUACCUCUGCAUAGAGGGUAUUACACUAGUUG